AUGAGCCAUCAAACCAGUGAGAGAGCUGUCGAAAAGCGACUGGCGGUUUACAAUCCAGAUAACUCGAUCAAUGGCUAUUUGAAUGCAGUUUCAGAGCUUUCAACGGUGUCAUUUGCAGCUAUACUUGGAAAACUGGAAGAUAAACAUGAACUGAGCUUAGAAAAGAUCAAAGAAUGGAGGAAUUCUUUUGGAUUAAAGAGGGAAGAUGCAGAAGUAUAUGUGGAGACGGAGAAGUUGAGAGUUGGCGCCGAAAAUUCGAGCGCAGCGGCAAAUAUCGCCAAUAUCAAGCAAACUCUAACAGAAGAUCUGUCGACCACCAAGGCUAGAAACAAGAUUUUGAGAGAAAGAAACGCCAGACUGCGAGAUAUGAACUCACAUAUCGAUCUGGUGAACGAGCAGAUCGAAGAUAUGCAAAAAACGAAGUCAAGGUUGAGUGCCCCGCAGGAGGAAUGGGAAAAACGUCUAGGUGCUCGGGCAGUGGCCCAAAUGCUACGUGCAAGAGUCUUUAGACGACAGAUGGUGAAAGUGCGAGAAGACGACGCAGACGUGGAGUACGAGGAAUUGUCGGUGCAGGCGAAUUUCUCCAAGAGCGCACCAGAAUUGGAGCGUACAAACGAGUCCAUGAAACAGAGUAUUCGCAGAUUACAACAAGAAUUGCACGAUUACCAGGAUAAAUGGAGCCACAACGCCCAGCUUUUCGAUAGAAUAGCCGACGUGCUUCAGGAUGAGCUUGCUAUUAGAAAUGUGGUCACAUCUGCGGAAAAGAACUUUCAAAUCGACGAGCACCGGGAUAAACUUAUUGAAGAACAAGACCAAGAACCAGAACCAGAAGCAUAUGAAGAAGACGACGGCGACGAAGAAGACGAAGAAGAAGACGACGACGUUGAGACUAGUGGUUCAGAACCUGAUAAAGAUGAUGACGACGACGAUGACGACGACGACAACAACAACGCUGAUGAGAACGACUAG